CACCAAAGCUGUUUGAACAGCUAUCCUGUUCGGCCCAAGUCUUUAUUCGAAUAGGUGAGUUUAGGCCAUAGGCAAUUCAACCCGUUUUUCAAGACUUCUCAAUCCCACAAGGGAUCCCCAUUCAUCUCUUGCGCCAUCUCUCGCUGCUUCUUCCAUAGGUGAUCAAGGCACAACUGCUCUUGAGGUAUGUAUUUUUAUUAAACCGUUUAAUUAUUCGGUUACUCGAACCUGUGGAGAUGGUGAUCCAUGAACUAAACGGGUCAUUUUUAAGGGUUGACCUAGAUGAUGUACUAGCUGUAAAUUUCAUGCUUCAGCUAUAUAAUCUGUUAGACAAUACCACCACCAUUGUCGAGACCGCAAUGAAGCUCGCGAAAUCGUUGAAUCCAGGUUUUGAACGUUACCCCUUAGCCAUUAUGCAACGAGUCAAGCUAAAAUCUCCCCCCGAUUUCUCUCCUUAGCUUGAUGUCAUCUAAGAAAGAUCAAGGGAGUUACUUUAUUUGGUCAAAUGAAACUGUUGGAAUUUUUAAUGAAAUAUGCAUCCAGUUCAUUCUUAAGAAAGGGAGGGGGCAACAAUUUAGGUGGAAGCAAAUACAAGCUUUAUUUGAGGAGAGAACAAAAAGGAAGUGUUCUUCAAAAAGCUUGAAAAACAAGUUUGACUUUAUGAAAAAAGAUUGGCGAUUGUGGAAAUUUUUGAAACGUGAUGAGACCGGAUUGAGUUGGAAUGCAGCCAUUGGGACGCUGGAUUGUUCAGAUGAGUGGUGGAAUAAGAAAAUCAAGGAAAAGACAGAACUAAAGAAGUUCAAGCAUAAAGGAAUUCCAAAGCACAUUGAAGAGCAAUGGGAUCAAAUAUUUGGAGACUCAAUAGCAACCGAAGUAGAAUGUGUGGCUCCAAGUGCUACAAUUGAGGAGAAUAACAAUCAAGAAAAUCAUCAAGAAACUGUCCAUGAUAAUGCCGAUGAUUAUGAAGUGUACAAGAGUUGCAGUGCCCAACUAGAUGAGGGUAAUUUAUUUCAAAAUUUCGUGCAUGAGGCUAGUGCAAAUGGUCAUUCUAUUCCUACAUCUACAACUGCCGAAGAUGCAGGGACCAAUGCCAUUAGUAAGAAGCGCAAACUAAGACAGUCUAAGGAGUUGGUAAAACUUAGUGAAGUUUUAGAGAAGGGAAAUACAUGUCUUCAAGCAAUUGAACGUCUAUUGACAAAAAAGGAGAAAGUUGUUGAUGAUUGUGUAAGUGUAGGUCAUGUCAUGAAAAUAAUGACCAGAAUGGCUGAUAAUGGCGGAUUGGUGAGGAGUGGUGAUUUGUGGUUUCAUAGCAUUUGCGUUCUUGAUAGUCCAAGUAGAAGACAAUUCUUUAUCCACUUUAAAGAUGACGAUGAAAGGCUCAACUGGCUGAAAUUUAUGCACGCAAAAGGAAAGUUUUGAAUAUGUUUAGUAUGUUAUUUGUUUUUACAUAUUUAAUACAUGUCAUAAAGAACAUUUAGGAUACAAAUUCCUUUAUUUAAGUUGGAUACUUAAUUUUAAUUUUUAUUUGUUUGGGGUUUAAGUGAUUUGUUUUCUUACGAUUAGUAUGGUUAUAUUAGAAGAAAAUGGCCAAAUAGGCACUUCUAGUC